CGCCGCCCGAGCGCACACUCGGCUUCCCCUCUCCGCGGUGCCGGGGCGUUGGCGGUGAGGGAGGGGAACCGCGGAGAGGCCGGGGGAGGAUGGAGGAGAAGCCCUCCGCUAGCAUCAAGCCCUACCUGGACAAGCUUACCCUGGGGGUCACACGGAUACUGGAGGCUUCUCCAGGAGUUGCUGAGGUGACAUUUGUGGAAAAAGAGCCAGCUGAACGCCACGCAAUCAUUUCAUGGGAACAAAAGAACUCCUGCAUAUUGCCAGAGGAUUUAAAGAACUUCUAUCUGAUGACUGAUGGUUUUCAGAUGACCUGGAGUGUAAAGAUUAAUGAAACCCCAAUGCCCCUGGGCUCCAUGGUGAUAAAUAGUGUCUCGAAGCUUUGUCGUCUUGGGGGUUCCUCUAUGUACACUCUGCCCAAUGCACCAACUCUUGCUGACCUGGAAGAUGACACAGAUGAAGAAGAUAAUGGAGGCAAACCAGAGAAACCACAUUUCGACUCUCGUAGUCUUAUCUUUGAAUUAGACCCAUGUAAUGGGAAUGGAAAAGUUUGUCUUGUUUAUAAGCAUGCUAAACCAGUUGUCUCCCCAGACACAGAGAUAUGGUUCCUGGACAGAGCUCUGUACUGGCAUUUCCUCACCAAAACCUUCACAGCAUAUUACCGCCUGCUGAUAACCCACCUGGGUCUCCCACAGUGGCAGUAUGCCUUCACCAGCUAUGGGGUCAGCCCACAGGCCAAGCAAUGGUUUAACAUGUACAAACCCAUAACCAUCAACACAGCUCUGCUGUCUGAAGAAGCUGAUACCUUUGUGAACAAGCUGGACCCCAAUAAAGUAUUUAAGAGCAAAAACAAAACUCCAGUGAUGAAAAAGAAACCACCAUCCCAGCCAGCAGGCUCCCAAAAGAGUCAAACAAGCAUGACCUCCUCCAAGACAUCCUCACUAUCUGGAAAUUCUUCAAGGAAGUGAGACCCCCAGAUCUGCCCCUGGACAGCAUUUGCAAUAAGCUUGGACAUUCUCUCAUGCGGAGUCUCGGUAGUUCAGACCAAGUUCCUUGUGUAUGAAUUGAUGAGCCCAUGGAAAACACAUUGCAGCAUUUGCAUGAAAUAUAGCCACAAUGUGCUUUGACAUGAGAGGGACGUAGUUUCUGGAGACUCUGAGAAAAAUUAAGUGAGAGAUAGAUUUCAUUCUCUUCUGCUACUUGUGGGAUGGGCAUGAAGAAACCCUUCAUGUUACUGCUCUGUAGGGAAGUGUUUGCACCCAUGCAACUACAGCACUGAACUGAAAGCAAAUUUAAGUCACCAUUAAUUUAAAAGACCUUUGUUGAAAUACAGACUAUAAAGAUACUUCUUCCAUCACCUUUGAAAGAAACCUGUCCUGACCUAGCAUGCUAUGGGAGCAGGCUGUAACCCACCAAACAAAGAAGUAGCUUCUGCUUCAGACUGAAUCAAACUUUGCACUUCCCUGCACUCCUUCCAACUUCUGCUUUGAGAUUCACAGAAAAAAAAGGGACCUGGAGCUUCUAUGUCUCUACAUUGCUUGCUCUACAGCCUAUGUGGUUUUUUGGCCUUUGUGCAGCAUCUUUUCGGAUAGUGACAUCUAUGUGAUGUCCUUCCCAAUAUUCCUAAAGGCAACCAGAAGGUGCAGGAUCUUUCAUGGCCUCUGCUUUCUCUUCUUGUGGGAACUGCUGAGCCAGGGUGGGUCAGUGGUGUUAAGAGUCCUGUAAAGCAGGAGGACUCCUUGGUUUGUCACACAGUCAUUUGCAAAGUUGACUGUUCAAACAGACUUUGCCACAUUUCAGUUGAGCCCCACCAGGGGCAACUGAGAUCCUACAGCUUUAGAAGCCCCUGAUGCUGUUUUCUGUACUGUAAAUUUUCAGGUUAGAACUGCACUUUAACCCGUUCACUGCUCAUUUUCAGUUACAUCUGAUUUUUUCCAUUACUUUCUUAUGCCAUUCUGUCUUCCUAGAUGUGCUGGAAACAUAUGGUAGCAACCAACACAUUCUGUGCCUAAGCAGCGAAUUCAAAGUCACCACCUUCAAAUAAACAUUGAUUAUUUAAACAGCAUCACUUUUUAUUUAUGAAAUAGUCACAUAAUUACCUAAGACAAACCUACCUCACAGGGUCAUUGUGAGGCUUUCAUGAGUAUUUGUAUGCCUUUAGAAAGACAAAGCCACCCUUGUAAGUGCUUAAUAGUAUUUUAAUAAAGAUUUAAAUAUUUUCCUCCAGA